UUCUCCCUACUUAUUAUAGCCUCUGCAAUUGCACGGACGCUAUCUUUGCUCUGUAAGACUGUAACAGCAUCACCCACACCAGUACUACUCCAUAAACAAACUGUGAACGCCAUACUCAAACAAACUUCAACGAGAACGGAAAAACAAACGCAACACAGAAGAACGCGAAAAUGAGGAACUCACUGUUCUUCCUUCUUCUCCUCCUCCUCCUGUUCACUGCUUGCUAUGGCCAGAGCAACGACCUCGAAGUACUCUUGAAGCUCAAAUCCGCCAUGACCGGACCAAAAGGCACCGGCCUCGACGACUGGCAGCCUCCGCCCCCGCCGCCAUCGAUUCGCUCGCCCUCCGCUCACUGCUCAUUCUCCGGCGUCACAUGCGACGGGGAAUCCCGCGUCGUCUCUCUCAACGUCUCGUUUCACCGCCUGUUUGGUUCAAUUCCGCCGGAGAUCGGAGAGCUGGACCGGCUCGUGAAUCUCACCAUUGCUUCCGAUAACCUAACCGGCAGACUUCCACCGGAGAUGUCCAAGCUCGCCUCUCUCAGAACGCUCAACGUCUCGAACAACAAUUUCUCCGGAGAUUUCCCAGGGGAGAUCGUUCUAGGGAUGCCUCUGCUCCAGAUCCUCGACGUCUACAACAACAAUUUCUCUGGCCCGCUGCCGAAGGAGGUCGCGAGGUUGAAGAAUCUAGUGCAUCUCCAUCUCGGCGGGAACUACUUCUCCGGCACGAUUCCGGAGACUUACGGCGAGAUUCGGAGCCUGGACUACUUGGGGCUGAACGGCAACGGCCUCUCCGGUGAGGUUCCGGCGAGCUUGGCGAAGUUGAAGAGGCUGAGGAGCCUCUACCUCGGUUAUUUCAACGUGUACGAAGGGGGAAUCCCGCCGGCGUUUGGCUUGCUGAGCAAUCUUGAAGUUCUGGACAUGGCGAACUGCAAUCUCAGCGGCGAGAUUCCGAGUAGCUUGAGCCGAUUGACCCGGCUCAACAGUCUGUUCCUCCAGUUCAACCAUUUAUCAGGUCACAUUCCUCCGGAAUUCUCCUCUCUAGUGAACUUGGAAUCGCUCGAUCUCUCUAUCAACGAGCUCACCGGGGAGAUCCCGUUGGGUUUCGUCUCUUUGACGAAGAUCACCCUGAUCAAUGCGUUCAAGAACAAUCUGUACGGUCCGAUCCCAGAGUUCAUCGGCGAUUUCCCUAAACUCGAGGUGUUUCAGCUUUGGGGAAACAAUUUCACUCUCGAGCUGCCGGAGAAUCUCGGCCGGAACGGCAAGCUGAAGCUGCUCGACGUUUCGUUCAAUCACCUCACCGGUUCAAUCCCUAGGGAUUUAUGCAAGGGAGGGAAAUUGGAAACCCUAAUUUUAAUGAACAAUUUCUUCAUCGGUCCUCUUCCAGAGCAGCUCGGCGAUUGCCAUUCACUGAAGAAGAUCCGCAUCGUGAAUAACCUCCUCAGCGGGCCGAUUCCCGCCGGCAUCUUCAGUUCCCCUGCAGUCACCGUCCUCGAAUUCAGCAACAACUACUUCUCCGGCGAACUUCCAUCUGAAAUGUCUGCCCCGCAGCUCGGCCUUCUCACGGUCUCCAACAACCGGAUUGAAGGCGGAAUCCCUCCAGCCAUCGGCAACUUGGCGAACUUGCAGAUUCUGCAACUCGAUACCAACAGAUUGUCCGGCGAAAUUCCGACUCAGGUUUUCAAUCUCCGCCACCUCUCCAAGAUCAAUGUCAGCGCCAACAACCUCACAGGUGAAAUCCCGGCCUCAAUUUCUCGCUCCUCGUCACUUACCUCGGCCGAUUUCAGCCGGAACCAGCUCUCCGGCGAGAUUCCAAAGGGGAUUAUUGAGCUCAAAGAUUUGAGCAUUCUGAACAUCUCCCGCAAUCAACUCACCGGUCAAAUUCUCGGCGAUAUAAGGUACAUGACCAGCCUCACGACUCUUGAUCUCUCCUACAACAAAUUGUGGGGUAGGAUCCCUACGGGAGGACAGUUCCUUGUGUUUAAGGACACUGCCUUCAUCGGCAACCCGAAUCUCUGUUUCCCUCACCAAGUCUCCUGCCCAUCCUUCCCCGAUUCAGCUCAAUCCUCCACCCGCCAUACGCCGUCGUUUACCCCCACCAAGGCCAUACUCACCGUCAUCGCAGCUUCAACAUUACUAAUCCUAAUCACGGUGACAAUCUUCAUCCUCCGGAAGCGGAAGCUCCGUCAAUCACUGGCAUGGAAGCUCACCACAUUCCAACGCCUCGAUUUCAAAGCAGAGGACGUCCUCGAGUGCUUGAAAGAAGAGAACAUCAUUGGCAAAGGCGGCGCAGGGAUCGUCUACCGCGGCUCCAUGCCUGACGGCGUCGACGUGGCGAUCAAACGCCUCGUCGGCCGCGGAACCGGCCGGAGCGACCACGGAUUCUCCGCCGAGAUUCAGACCCUGGGUAGGAUCCGGCACCGGUACAUCGUUCAAUUGCUCGGCUACGUGUCGAACAAGGACACGAACUUGCUCCUCUACGAGUACAUGCCGAACGGGAGCUUGGGCGAGCUGCUCCAUGGAUCCAAAGGUGGGCAUUUGCAGUGGCAGACAAGGUACAGAAUCGCCGUCGAGGCUGCCAAGGGGCUUUGCUACUUACACCACGAUUGUUCUCCAUUGAUCAUCCAUCGAGACGUGAAGUCGAACAACAUAUUACUGGAUUCCGACUUCGAGGCACACGUCGCCGAUUUUGGACUGGCAAAGGUCCUGCAAGAAGCCGGCGCUUCCGAGUGUAUGUCCUCCGUCGCCGGCUCUUACGGCUACAUCGCACCAGAGUAUGCAUAUACCUUGAAGGUGGACGAGAAGAGUGAUGUGUAUAGCUUCGGUGUUGUGCUAUUGGAGCUAAUAGCCGGGAGGAAGCCGGUGGGGGAAUUCGGCGAUGGCGUCGACAUAGUGAGGUGGGUGAGGAAGACGACGUCGGAGCUUGCUCAGCCGUCCAAUGCAGCCUCGGUGUUGGCGGUGAUCGAUCCUAGGUUGACUGGGUAUCCAUUGUUGGGUGUGGUUCAUCUGUUUAAGAUAGCUAUGAUGUGUGUGGAGGAUGAGAGCUCGGCCAGGCCGACGAUGAGGGAAGUCGUUCACAUGGUCACUAAUCCGCCGCAAUCCUCCCCGGACUUGGUUACGCUAUGAAGUUAUAUUAUGGUUUGGAGACUAUGAAGUUUGUAGAGUUGAUGUAGUAAUAAAGCCUUUUUUUUGUGUUAUGGAUUUGUGGGUCAGGCUUAAAAAAAAAGGGUGUUUGUGUGUUAGCUUUUGGUUAGUAGGAUGUGUUAAGGUGUGCCCAUGGUUGUAAAUAAAGGUUUCCUUCAUUUUAGCUUGGUGAAAAAUCUUCAUCUUAUUCCCAACCUGGAAGAAACAAAUACAGGAUAACAGGAACCUAGAAGAGAGAAAGGUAAAAAUCACUGUAAGUCUAUAAUAAAUGGGAUUUGUUUUCUCUAGGGAU